AUGGAGCGCGGCCAGGCACCGGCACCACCGCCGUGGAGGGGGCCCUGGAUCCUCUGCCUGCUGCCGGCACUGGCAGGGGGUCAGCUGCUGGCGGCCGGUGAGGCAGCUUAUGAGGAGCGGGCGGUGACGGGGGUCCGGGGCCGAGCGGUGGAGCUGAGCUGCGGGUCAGCGGCGGUAUCGGCCCCACCGGCGGUGGUUUUCUGGAGCUUCGCGACGCCGGGGGGCUCAGGGCCGCCGCGGGUCGUGGCGGUGGGCUCGGGCCGGGAGGCGAUGGUGGCCGCCAGCGCAGGGACGCUGGGCCGGGUGACCCUGCGCAACGGGACGCUGGAGCUGCGGGAGCUGCGGGCGGCCGCCCAGGGCCGCUUCCUCUGCCAGGGGCUCUUCCCGGAGCAGGGCCGGCUCCGCGUUGGCCACGCCGCCGUCCUCCUGCGCGUCCUGGUGCCUGUCUCCAAGCCCUUUGUGCGGCCGACAGCGGCGGCGGCUGCAGAGGGAGCGGCGGUGGCCCUGAUGUGCACCGUGCGGGAGGGGACGGAGCCGCUGAGCUUCUCCUGGCAGCACCGGGAACCCCAGGGGGGUCCCUCCGCGUCCCCCACGGGGCCGGGGUGCGCCGGGGCUGAGCUGCACCUGACGCCCGCCAACCGCAGCCACGCUGGCUGGUACGCCUGCACCGUGCGCAACGAGGUCAACAACCGCACCAGCGAGCCCGUCUACCUGGACAUCGUCUAUGGCCCCGAUGAACCAGCCAUCAGCGUGGAGCCCUUCUCCCCCGAACAGGGGGGCUUCUCGGCUGGUGAGCGGGAGGAGGUGGUGCUGAGCUGCCUGGCUCCCUCCAACCCCCCCAGCCGCUACGUGUGGCUCCACAACGGCUCCCAGGUCCACACUGGCCAGACCUAUGUCAUCGUUGCCAUCACUCGCACCCAGGCGGGCACCUACACCUGUCUGGCUGAAAACACCCACCUCCAGACCCGCACCCAGGCCACCAUCAUCCUCACCGUCUACUAUCCACCAGCCGGGAGCCCCAGCUGCUCUGCCGUGGCCACCGGCAACCUGUGGGACGUGACCCUGCGGUGCCGCUGGCUGGGGGGCUUCCCCCCGGCACGGCUGCGCUGGGUGGGCCCUGGGCCCCCGGAGGAGGAGGAGGAAGAGGGGGUGACAGGGACGAGCUUUUCUGUGGCCACCAGCAUCCAGCCAGGGGUGGCCACCAGGAACGGCAGCUCCUUCUCCUGCCUGGCCUCCCACCCGGCGCUGCCGCAGGGGGCUGCGUGCGGGACCACCCUGUGGGUCCCAGCUGGCGGCCCCUCCUGCGCGGCAGCAGCCACCAAGGGUGACGAAUACGUGAUGCUGCGGUGCCGGUGGGAGGGGGGCACGCCGCUAGUCACCCUGCGCUGGCACAACAGUGAGGGCCGGGCCUUGGGGGACCCCUCGCCCUCCGCCACCGUCCUGGUGCUGAGCGCCAACAACGGCUUGCGGGGCCAGGAGUUCAUCUGCAUGGCCACCCACCCGCUACAGGCCACCAGUGCCGAGUGCCGCCUUCGGCUGGGUAAGCCGGGUCGGCCCCAGGUGCCCGCACCGCAGCGGGGUUACACGUCCCUGCCGCCUGCGUCCCCCGCUUCUUGCCGCGCAGAGGCGCCCGGACUGGAGGUGGCGAGGAGCGAGGUGGCGGUGCUAGAAGGUGGCGAGGCACGGUUGGCGUGCCGGCAGCACGGCGGCAGCGCUGAUCUCGGUGCCACGGCGGUUUGGUACGAUCCCAAGGAGCAGGAGGUGACAUCAGGGCUGGCCAAGUACCAGUUGGAGCGGGGAGAAGCGUGGGUCAACCUGACCGUCCGCGAUGCCGAGUGGCCGGGGGAUGGUGGCACCUACCGCUGCACCGCGGCCAACGCCGUGGGCACCGCCAGUCUCCCCGUCCGCCUCCGCAUAGACCGGUACCCCGCCCCCCCAAACGUCACCAUCAGCAAGCUGCGGUACACACGGGCGCGCACCGAGGUCCGGCUGGAGUGGCGGACGCAAGGCGCCGGCAACCUCACGGGCUUUGUGGUACAGCGGCGCCAAGCCAAGAAACCCCCCCGGCGGGCGCCCAGCCCCUGGGAAACAGCCGCCGGUGACAUCGAGCCCCAUUCCCGCGACCGGCGCCUUGGGGGGCUGGACCCGGCCGUGGUCUAUGCUUUCCGUGUCCUGGCUGUCAACCACCGGACAGCCGGGCACCCCUCCGAGGUGCAGACACCAGCCGAGCCUCCCUUCGAGGCCUACCCGGCGGUGAUGGGAGCGGCGGUGGCGGGGAUGCUGGUGGCCACCACGGCAUCGCUCCUGGCCCUGCGCUGUAUCGCCCACCGGCGGGACGCCCUCCCACGCCUGCAUGACCUGCUCUUCCGUAUGGCUGGGCCCAGGGCCCAGGAGCCCAUCAGCACACUGGAGGAUGCCGGAACAGCCACGAGCAGGAAGGAUGGAGCAGCACCAGCACCUGGAGACGCGGCUGCUGCCGGCACAGCAGCAGAGCCACCCUUGGCACCGCUGGACACCACCGAAGACCCACCGGUUAACGUCACCAUCACGGUGACGGCAACACCCUGA